AUGUCUAGAUCUCUCGAGCCCCGCCCUUUGACGCUGCGUCGUCCAUCUCGUUAUCGACUCCUCGGCUCAACAUCUAAGCCUACAGUUCCAGUAGGAGCAUGGGACAGCCAUAUACACAUCAUCGACACCACCCGGUAUCCGCUCCCCGAGAAUGCCAAACCAGUCUCUCAUCAGGCCACAGUGCAACAGGCCCUCGCCAACGCUGAGCACCUAGCAUUGCCCAACAUGGUCCUUGUCCAACUAUCCAAUUACGGCAACGACAACAGCUGGGUGCUCGAUGUUCUCAAAAGACUGGGACCCGCCAGGAACCGAGGUGUUGUCGUAUUCGACCCUGACACGAUCGACUCGCGUACUCUUCUCGAGUGGCAUCAGCUGGGCGUCCGAGGCGUUCGGAUCAACUUCAGAUCCUCCAACUCCGUUCUGUCGAAGACUGAGAUUCAGACCACACUACGCAAAUACGCCGACAAACUACGGCCCAUGAAGACAUGGUCGAUCAGCCUAUACGCCGACAUGGACAUGCUCGAGCACAUCCAACCGCUGAUAACUGAACUCCAGGUCAAGGUGGUCCUGGAGCACUUUAGCUCUCCAAUUCGCCUUCCAUUGAACCCGGCCGACCAACCCGGCUGGGAGACGCUCAAGACCAUGAUGGAGGAUCCUCGCGUGUACGUCAAGAUCUCAGCACCGUAUCUUUUCUCGAAAGAUACGGAAUUCGCCGACUUGGAGGCACUAACGAAAGCGCUUUUCGAGAUGCGAAAUGGGGAUGGCGUCGUGUUUGGUUCUGACUGGCCGCACACCAAGUCACCGGGAUACGAUGCGACGCGUUUCAGGGACAAAGUGGUAGAGUGGUGCGGUGGCGACCAAGUACUGCUAGAGAAGCUAUUUGUACGUAAUACUCAGAAUCUAUGGGAUGCUAAAUAG